AUGUGGUCUACUACUUACAGCAACAAUGCCACAAAUGCUGGCAGGCCUCCUCUUUUGUCUUCUGCGGAGCAGCUAUUUUUGGUUCUGGUUCGCCUUCGGCUUGGUCUCUUCGAAAAGGACCUUGCAUACAGGUUCAAAGUCUCGACUGCGACAGUUUCGAAAAUAUGCAUAACUUGGAUUAGUUAUAUCUACAUUCACAUAGGACAGCUACCACUGUGGCUGCCUAGGGAGGCAGUGGACGAUGACAUGCCGCCAGUAUUCAAAGAGCGUUAUCCGUCAACACGGGUGAUUCUUGACGCUACUGAAGUUAAGUGCGAAGCCUCAAGCUCGCUUGCCCUGCAGUCAGCAACCUUUUCAAGUUACAAGUCUACGAACACAUUGAAAGGGCUGGUCGGAAUAUCCCCUGAUGGCACAGUGACCUUUUUCUCCGAUCUAUUCACUGGGUCCAUGUCCGACAAAGAGUGUGUCGAGAAAAGUGGUUUCCUCAAGCUGACUUUUAAUGCUGGUGACUCAAUCAUGGCUGACAAAGGCUUUAAGAUUGAGGACCUACUGACCAACAUCGGCGUUCAGCUGAACACACCUCCCUUCCUCCGGAGGGGACGUUUUACAAGCGAGGAAGUGAGGGAAACAGAAGCAAUAGCCUCGCUUCGGAUACACGUAGAAAGACGAGUUCAGAGAAUAAAACAUUUUCACCUCUUUGACCGGCCUGUACCAAUCUCAAUAGCUCCCAUUGUCAACGAGAUGUGGGCUAUUUGUGUGAUCUUGAGCAAUUUACAAAGUCCCUUGAUCAAACCCUGUGAAUAGUGAAUGCACGUCCACAUCUU